AUGGAGAAUAAGUUAUAUAAUGAAAUUGGCUUUUACGUCAGAGAGAGAAUAGAUAAAAGACUCCCGUUGAAAGAGUUCUUAAAUCAUGAAGUGGCAAAUUUACCUGCAAAUUUAGAAGAAGUUAAGUCCAGAAUUAUCAUUAAUUAUUACACAAUGUGUGGUAAUUAUAUCCUUAUAUUCUGUUUGUUUUUAUGCUUGUUUUUGGUGUUUCACCUGAUUUUAAUUAUUCCUGCAGGGAUUUGUUUUUAUUUAUUUUAUGCUACGACAGAAAAUAGUGAUGAUUGUGUAAGAAUUCUUGGAACUAAUUACACAAAGCUUCAUAUAUAUUGUGUGGCCGUUGGGGUUCCUGUGGUAUUCUUUAUAUUUAUGCCGAAUUCACUUGUUUCUUUAUUCUUUACAGCGACUUUAGCAAUUAUUCUGUGUAUUGCGCAUAUGGCUAUGUAUAAACCGCCUGCUGGACCAGAAGAGAGGGAUAUUUAAUGGUUUAAAAUAGGGUUAAUUCGGGUUAUAAAAACAAAGUAUAAUUUAUU